CGCGACACUAUUCUCACGCCUUCGCGUUUACACUUCUCAUUCAAACUAGCAGGAAGCAGCACUAGAACAAGCUCCCUCUGACCCUGCAGUCUCCUGAGCGCCACUCGCCAGUCCACGUGUCCGCUGUGCCUGUGAAGGAUGUUAUCAAGGUUCGCUCGCUGCGUCUCCAGCGCCGGUUUAUCCACGGCAGCCCUGCAGGCGGUGAAGAGCCACGCCAAACGCAGACUCCCGCCGUCAGCCGCCCUCGUCCUCGCCUCCUCCCGAGGCCACCAGACGCUCGCCACCGCCAGGGCCAGCGCGUCCCUUCCGGCGUCUUCCGCGGGGCCCGCGGUGGUGCGGCACACCCGCGCCCUGGAGCGCGAGCGGCUUCUGCAGGUGGACUGGGAGGACGGCAGCUGCAGCCUCUACCCCUACACCUGGCUGAGGGACAACUGCCAGUGUCCGCACUGCACUCUCCAGUCGGCCCAGGCGCGCAGCCUGCUGCUCUCCGAGCUGGACGUGCACACGGGUGUGGACAGCGUUCAGGUCACCGAGGACAACAAGGUGUCUAUAACAUGGCCUGACCAACACAGCAGCCUGUUUCAUCCUGACUGGCUGAAGAAACGUUGCUUCUCUCCAGAGGCAAGGCAGGCUAAACAAGAGGAGUUUUUCUUUAACGAGCGCCAGUACUGGGCCACGGACCUGCGCAUCCCCACCGCCAGCUUCCAGGAGGUUCUCCACGACGACAAGGCGGCGCUGGACUGGCUGCUGGCUCUGCGGCGCGUGGGCAUCGUCUACCUGAAGGGGGCGCCGGCGGAGCAGGGCCAGGUGGCGCGGCUGAGCGAGCGCAUCGGCUACCUGAGGCUGACCUUCUACGGACACACGUGGCAGGUGCAGGACAAACCAAUGGCUAACAACGUGGCCUACACCUCGGGCAAGCUGAGCCUGCACACCGACUACCCAGCACUGCACAAUCCACCAGGGGUCCAGUUCCUGCACUGCCUGGCGCAGGCGCGGGAGGGUGGCGAGAGCGAGGCGGUGGACGGCUUCCACAUGGCCGAGCUGCUGCGGCGGCGGGACCCCGAGGCCUUCCGCGCCCUCACCACGCUACGCGUCGACUUCACCGACACCGGCACCGACUACUGCGACUUCGCUGUGCAGUCCAAGAACCACAUCAUUGACGUGGACGACGAGGGCAGAGUGGUGAGGAUCAACUACAACAACGCCACCAGGGACUCCGUGCUGGACAUGCCGCUCGACAAGGUCCAGCUGUUCUACACCUCGCUCAAAAGCUACGUGGAGCUGAUGACCCAGCCUGAGAACAUGGUCACCUAUACCAUGGAGCCAGGCGACCUGGUGACCUUUGAUAACUGGCGUCUGCUCCACGGCCGCAAGAGCUACGUGUCGGAUCCCAACUCCCGUCGACACCUGGAGGGUGCGUACCUGGACUGGGACGAGGUCAUGUCCCGUCUGCGGAUCCUUCGCAAGGCUGUGCAUGGAGACAACUAAACCUCACACACACACACACCCACCCACGAAAACAAACACACACACACACAGUACACUUCCACUGAUCACCCCACCAGCUCUUCGGGGGCAGACUACCCAGUGCUGAUACCCAGUGCUGAGGCUUCUAGAUGGAACUCUCUGCUUCCAGCUCCAUCUCAGCACUCCCCUCCACCCCCAAAGCCAGUCGCUCCAGUUGCCUUAAAGUGACGAAAUGCCUGCUUCUUCAUAGAACUUUGCACCAGUCGCCCCGUCUUUGGGACUGAAGCCUCCAGUAAAUGUUUGCUGCUUGUGCACCCUGAGAAGGGUGAAGCUUUCUUUGUUAGUCUUUCUGUCUCUCAGGGUUGUAAUUUCUGUUAACUUCAGAUUUUGGGGUGUUCGACCCUUCUCCAGAUGUUUUGGGGUUCAACCCUUCCGCAGAUAUUUGGGGGGUUCAACCCCAACUCUUCCCCAGCGAUUUGAGGGGUUAUUUAGUUAGCAACUAUGGUUUUGGGAAACGCACAUCUGGCCGCAGGUCAGUCACUAGCCCAUGCUCUUAAGAUAGCGCUCCUAAGAUAGCGGCUUCUCUGUUUGUGUUGGUUGUUUAACUGAGGCCCCUCUACAUGGCUUUAAAAUGUGUGUUGUGCGAUCGGAUCACAAGUGAACAGUCGAGACGUCCUGUCCUCUCUUGCUAACCUACUGGCAUUUACACCGGUGUCCUGUCUUGCUAACUUACUUAUUCCUUCAGUUGACUCUCUUAUCCAAAGCGACGUACAUCAUGUGAAUUAUUACAAAUGCCAAUCUCUCAUGAAUCCCCAGUGUGUCCGGCUGACCACUUGUUUUCAGAUUUCAUUGCUACCUCCACUGUAGGAAGGUUGUGAGGACUGUUACGGCACCUUGUUCCCAGAGCACAUCAGAGUGCAUUGGUGUUUCUACUGCUGAAGAUCUGUGAUCUACAGUAAUGUCUUCCAGACAGACCACCACAGGAAGAGCUUUUGAGUGACUAGAUCACAUGCGCCCUGGUGGUCUUUGUGUUUCGCACUGUGCACUUGUGAUCAGAUUACCUACGCCACAUUUUUAAAUGGAUGUAAAGGGUAAAGAGGUUUGGAGUGAUGUUUGAGAUCGCAUGAUACUACGAUGGGCUACUCUGGCUCAUUUUUUGCUUAUUUGUUUAGGUGUAUUGUUUUUGUUGUUUUCGAAAAAUGCAUUAUGAAUGCAGGAUCCUGUUGGCGAGUAUGCCAAAAAAAAGCCUGGGGAUAUAAAGUCCCUUUCUGUUAUACUAUACAUAGCUCUAUUUUUAUUCUAUUGUACAGGACUUCACUUUAGCUUUACUGUAUAUUCUGUAUGGUGUAACUGUACGUACAGACAUCAGAUCGCGUAUAAGAGUGAUAGAGAUGGAGAGAUCUGAAGAGAGACUGUCUAUCUUCUAGAACAUGCUGCACAUAGUGGAGUGGACUUUCCACGCUCAGAACACCAGUAGACAGACUGAGAUAUGAAUCUGCCAAGAGCCAUAGAGAGGGAGAGUUGCAACACUCAUGUACGCCUCAACAGUUCCUAAAAACCUGUGCUGUAUGGCUGUGUCACAGACAGCAGGAGGGCGGGAUCUAGUAACUCAUUGGCUACUGACCAAGUGAUUGGCAGUUUUUACUGGUCUCCAUUACCCGGAAACUGGCAUGGAAAGGAGCGGACAUUUUUUCUAUGGUCUCUUGUGGGAGUGUUGCCACUCUGAAGUUGCCAAAGUUGCCUUGUUUAAAGAUGAGUUGGGUAUUGAUAGCCUUUAACCACGAACAGUUGUGUUUCAAACACUUUUAUUGUCUUUACUUUUACUUCCUAUAGAUGGUUGCUGUAUGUACAGUUGGUCUUGGUUUACAAAAACAGAAGGAAAAAAAAAAAACGAUCAAACUAGUUUUAAAAGUGUGUUAAAAGUGUAACUGGAUAUGACAUCUUAGGCCUUGUGUUUUAUCUCCUGUAAAUCAAGUGUGUCAAAAUGACCUCCUAAGCACUCUGUGUCUUAUUUAUUCUUAAGGAUUGUUUUUCAGCCAAGUUUGAAAUGUCUCUGCCUUACAGCUAUAGAAGGUCUUCACGUACUGCAUGUCCCCUACAAAUACAGAUCAUGUAUACCGUACGCAACUGUAAAUAUUAUGUGAAUGAGCAUAAUUCACUUGGUAACAUACAAUGUUUAUGUACAGUAGGACAAGACAUGGUGUGAAGAAAUGAAUGGCAAAUUUGGGAUAAAUUAAGGAUUUCUGGUGUUGGUGGUUAGUGAUUUUAAAAAUCACAUAUUAUAUUAAGCGCUUUUGCCUUGUGCGUCAUCAAGACAUCACAUUUCUUUGUGCUUUGGUUUCUUGAAUAAAUCAUUAAAAAAAACAAAAUGGC